AUGAAGAGACCUGUGAACAUUGGUGAAUUACUAUUGCGGAAGGACUCGAAAACAGAUGAAAAUUUGAUCCAGAAGCCGUUCUUUUUGAGUAAAAGCGAGCGUGAAGAGAUCAAGAGACGGAAGAGAGAUAAACCGUCAAAUGGCUUACCGGACGGUGUUUCAAAGGAAACUGGUGGUUAUGGCGGGAAGAAGCGCUUGGUGGAACAACCAGGUGAUGAAGAUAGCGAUUGGAGGUCGAGCAAUAUGGCACCGAAAAAGGGCAGCUUCUAUGAAGAGGAUGAGGAAAAUUCCGUGAAUCGAGCUGGAAAGAGGGCGAAAAAAGGAGCCCAGACCAGAAGCCAAAAGUUUAAAUUUGAUUGGGCACCCGAAGAAGACACUUUGGGUAAUUAUGAGCCGAUAGUAGGAUCCAGGUCCUCACAGUUCAACCGAUACCGCAACGAUGAGUUGGAAAACAUGUACAUGGGAAAGCAUUGGUCUGAGAAAAGUCUGCAGGAGAUGACGGAGCGAGAUUGGCGUAUUUUGCGUGAAGAUUACCACAUCAUGAGCAAAGGUGGGUCCAUUGAGCAACCGCUACGAAAUUGGGAUGAGGUUGAUUCAGAAGGGUUUCAAGCAGAUCUGGCAAGAAUCAUUGAAAAAGAACUUAAGUUUUCUGAGCCGACUCCCAUUCAGAGAAUAACUAUUCCCAACGUCACAAAGGGUAGAGAUUUUCUCGGUAUCGCGGCAACGGGAUCUGGUAAAACGCUUGCCUUUUUGAUCCCGAUCUUGAUGAAACUUUGGUCUCUACCUGUAUUGGACGAAAUGUUCAAACUGGAAGGGCCCAGAGCUCUCAUUUUAGCACCCACUCGUGAACUCGCUCAACAAAUCGAGAAUGAGGCCAAACGAAUUACUCGGCUGUGGUCGAGACCUUGCGGGGUUUGCAGUAUAGUAGGAGGUCAUUCGAUUGAAGAAAUAGCAUUGUCUCUUUCCGAGGGCUGUGAGAUCCUUGUUGCUACGCCUGGGCGUCUGAUUGACUGCUUGGAGAACCACGUACUUGUUUUGAAGCAAGUAUCAGUCUUGGUGCUCGAUGAGGCAGAUCGGAUGAUUGAUUUAGGCUUUGAAGAGCAGCUGACGAAUAUUCUUGCGAGGACGGGAAUCUACGGCAAAAAACAAACUAUGAUGUUUACGGCGACCAUGUCCCCAUCGCUCGAGAAAAUUGCUAACGGCUACCUCAAGAAACCUGCCUACGUGUCGGUAGGCGCAACUGAUGCUAGGCCUUUAAUAAAGCAAAAAAUCGAGUUUUUGCCUAGCGAAGAGCAACGAUUCGCACUGCUUGCUAAAACAAUCUUGCCUAGUUUUGAAGCACCGGUCAUUAUUUUCAUCAAUUACAAGGCAACUGCGGAUUGGUUAGCUUCUAAGUUCUAUUCAGAAACGACUUAUCGAGUUGCUGUUUUGCAUGGUUCAAAAUCGCAGGAGCAAAGGGAACGCGCCUUGAAUCUGAUUCGUACUGGAAAAGCAGAUAUACUGAUUGCAACAAACGUGGCAGGCAGAGGUAUUGAUAUUCAAAAUGUGUCGCUAGUCGUUAAUUUUCAAAUGUCUAAAUCGAUCGACGAUUACAUUCAUAGGAUUGGUAGAACCGGAAGGGCAGGCAAAAGUGGUACGGCGAUAACGUUCCUCUCUGAAGGUGAAGACGGCUCUCUGGUCGAGAGUCUAUACAAAUACGUGAAGAAAAAUGACGAGCUGGGAACGAACGAGUUUUCAACGACGGUCCGCAGGCGGUUCAACUUGGAAAACUCGACCAUGAAGGCCAUUAUUCAUUGA